AUAAGUUUCAAAGCAGAAUGCAAUCUUUUUCCACCUUUGUUAAAAAAUAACGAUAUUUUUAAUAAUUUGUCGAGCAAGAUAUUUUACGCGCGAAAAAUCACGAAAAUUCUUUUUUUAUUAUCGCUUUUUUAUAUUAUUGAAUUUAAAUUGAAUAACAUAAUCUAACAUUCGUAAAUAAAAUUGGAAUUUAUGUUAUUCUUAAAAGAGCAUAUCGAUUCCCCCACGCUUCUUAUCCGUCCCAAGUACAAGUGGUGGUUCCUAUGGUAACGUUCACGACGCAAAUAAGAAAACACAUUAGAAAUUAGAAUACGGAAUGCACUGCGAAUAAAUCUGCGACCAGUGAUCGAGUGCCAACUUUUUCGUCUGAAAAUGUCUUACCGUGAUUUACGUAAUUUCACGGAGAUUAUGAGAGCGCUGGGCUAUCCAAGGCUGAUUUCCCUUGCGAAUUUUCGCGUACCGAAUUUUCCUUUGGUCGCAGAAAUUUUAGUUUGGUUGACGAAACAAUUCGAUCCGGACGUCGAUAUCCCAGACGAACACGAUACCGAGGAGCAACGCGUGACGUUGAUACGUAGUGUGGCUGAGUUUAUGGCGUUGAAAGUAAAUAUCAAAUUGAACACAAAGAAGCUGUAUCAGGCAGACGGCUACGCGGUAAAAGAAAUGUUGAAAGUUGCUGCAAUGCUGUACGAUGCACAAAAUAGUUGGAGCACGGAGGACAAUCGAUCUGGCGGUGACAAUCGGAGUGCAGUUAAUUUUGACAUAUCCGAUAAAAUUAAUGAACUGAAAACGACGCGGCAGCUUGCCAGUCAAUUAACUAUCAACGGGGCGACUCUCUUCGAUUUACUUGGCCGAGAAAUGGAACUUCGAGAGAUUCGCGAUACCAAGAUUGCCAGGCAAUUUGACACCUCGGAAAUAGAAGCGGCUUUGAAAGACGUUAUCGAGAGUGCUCGUAAAGAGAUCGAUGAAACCAAGAAGCAAAUUGACAAUGUUAAGGAUACGGAACAAAACUUGGAUACCAGAAUCGAGAGACGACGAACGGAACUCGAUAGGAAUCAAAAGAGACUUCACACAUUGAAGAAAGUUCGUCCAGCAUUCAUGGAGGAAUUCGAGAAGCUCGAGAUGGAGCUGAGAACUUUAUACGAUGAUUAUUUACAAAAGUUUCGAUAUUUGGCAUACUUGGAACACUUGUAUGAAGACACAGCCAAAGCGGAGCAAGAAAGAUUCGAAAGACGGCAAGCUGCGACCAAGAAGCAAUUGGAGCAAAUGAGAGGCGAAGAUUCGAAUUUUGAAAGCAUGAUGGAAGGAAACGAUUCCUUAUUCGCUACGAAUCUUCAAGAACCAUUAGUUACUUCUCUUGCAAAUCCAGAGACUACAACGACGGAAAAAUCUGGCCAAUCCGCUCGUAUCAAACCAAGUGCGAAAGCAUCGAAGAUGCAAUACACACAGCGGCGCAUUUAUGGUAGCAUGUCUGGACGACAAAGGGGUACGAUUCAAGAAUCAAACGAUAGCGACGGCUCAUUGGACAGCGAUAGUGAUUUAUUAAUCGACGGUGAUCUCGACGAUGACGAUGACGAUGACGAUGAUCUUUUGAAUUCUGUGGGCGCACCGGAUAUCGGCGGAUAUGAUCUUAAAGCUGCCCAAGAAAAGCGAUCUGUUAGUAAGAUAGACAGACAUUCGGACGAUGAUUUUUAAUCGGUACAAUGGUCUCUCUUCUAAUUAUCUAGCAUGUUUUUUUAUAAUAGUAGCUAAAAAUUGAUAUAUAUAUAUAUAUAAUUCGAUUUAUAUAUGUAUAUACGCGAAUGGUAGUUUCAAAAAACACAUUAGGGAUUUAUCUCAACGCGGUACCAGUUUCAAACUCUCUUCUCUUGUACUUGUACAGAAACAAAUAUUGAACAUUUAUUAAUAUGUAACAUAUUAAUAAAAUUUAUAUAAAUAAUUAAUACAGUUUGUAAUUUGUAAAUAAUGCGAUAAAUAUUCAAGGAAAUCAAGUAUAAAUUUUUUGUCUUAAUAUCAUAUUUAUUUUCGUCAACAUAAUCGUCGAUGUCGACGCAUUGUCGAUUGUAGCUCAGCACCGAUCACAUGUAUGUAACUUAGGUCUAACGUAUAUGCCACGUACGUGUGUCCACGUAUGCACAUGCUUGUAUACACAUAUAUACAUAAACUUGUGUAAGAAACGCGUAAGAAACACGAUCCUUUAUAUAUUUUAACAAAGAUAUAGAAAGACUUUGCUAGACGUGUCGGCCACAGCGGCAUUUGGCAACAAAUCGGUAUCGCUAGCCCGAAUCUGUUGCCAAUAAUGUUCCUCUUAUUAUCGGGCAAAUUGUACCUAUUUGAAACAUUUUAUCCUUCUACCAAAUUCACUUGUGCGACUUCAUCAUCGGCCUAUGUUUGCUUGUGUGCGUACAACGAAAAUGUUUCGCUGUUUAUUUGUUACUUAAAUAAUCUAGCUAGCAAUGAUAAAUCAGAUAAUCAUACAAUCUCUUGCGCAACAAAUUAAUAUAUUCAUCUUUUUGAAAAAGAAAAAAGAGAUUUAUAUUUUCACAGACUUUUUUGCCUAUGUAAAAAAUAUUUUUUUAUUAAAAAUUAGGAACUGAUAAUCCUGCAACUUAAUAAUCCACCUUUAUUGGAUUACAUUAUAACUUAUCGUACGAAACAUGAUUAUUCAAGAUUUUGUAUUGAGAAGAAAUAUAUAUAAGAAAAUAU